AUUUGGUAAAUGAAAAACAAAAAUAAACACUGAGUAUAAUGAACAUGGAGCUGUGGAAGCAAGGAGCUGAAGCAAAAAUUUACAAAACAAACUUUUACGGGAGACCAUGCAUUGUCAAAGAACGAUUUACCAAAUCCUAUAGACAUCCCAGUCUUGACAAAUCAUUGACAGCUCAUCGAGUGAAAUCUGAAGUUCGAGCAAUGUUGAGAUGCCGAAUGAAUGGUAUUAUCACACCUACUGUAUAUUUCGUGAACAUGGAUUCUUCUUGCAUCUACAUGGAAGAAGUGCAGGAUUCUGUGACAGUAAAAGACUACAUAAAGAAUGUUCAGGGCAGCAAGGACUUGGCGGAAGCAAUCGAAACACUCAAGCCUUUGGCACAAGCUAUUGGGAACACCCUGGGUAUCAUGCACAAGCAAAAUAUAGUUCAUGGAGACUUAACAACAUCUAACAUGCUUCUCCAAGGAAAACCAUCAGAUUGCAAGCUUUAUCUUAUCGACUUUGGAUUAAGUUUCUUUGAAAAUAUGUCGGAGGACAAAGGAGUUGAUCUGUAUGUUUUAGAACGGGCUCUUUUAAGCACUCACCCAAACACAGAAGAACUAUUUAACAAAGUAUUAGAGGCCUACUGCAAGAGCAACGACACGGGAUCUAAAGAAGUGGUAGGGAAGCUGGAGGAGGUGAGGAUGAGAGGAAGGAAGAGGACCAUGGUCGGCUGAAUUUACAGACAUCAAAUUAUACCUCCAGAAAAAUAAAUAAGAGUGAAUUGAACUACUAACUGCAGCGUGUUGAAGUGUUACAAUUUUAAGGACUCGGUCUAAUAGGAAAAGUAGAUAGACAAAAGAAAUAUAUGUACAGUGAUAGAUAUACAUGUAUAUACAGUAUUUAUAUGAUACACAAGGUAGUACGUGAACUGUGGAAGAAGGGCACUGUACAUACACAUGUAUUAUAUCCAAUGUUUAUCUGUAUCAUUGAAACUUAUCUAAACAAAUCCAAUAUA